AAGCAGUCUGUUGUUUCUUGCGGCAACCUUUUUUUUUUCCUGCCGCCACGUCUCGGGAGUAGCGGUCAUUCUCGUAUUCUAUCACCGAGAGGAGAGAACGCUUGUAUUUACUGCCGUGCGUGGAGUCUUGGUAUCCGUCGCUGGAAGAGGCUGCAAUCAUGAUGAGUUCAUCCAUGCUCCUGGGUCUCCUGUGUGCUGCGAUGUGCGGCUGUGUGCUCGGCAGCCCGCUGAAAGACACGCCCGAGUGUGCGGUGUCUGUGCUCGAUGGCUGUGGAAGGGCUUUCAUCCCGUACGCCGAAACUACGAGAAUGGCCGAGACAGAAAAAGAGUUGAAGGAUCAGUGCGCGUUACACUUCAAACAGCUGCACUGUACCCGGAACUUCACGACGAAGUGCGCCGAGGGUCUGCCUCGAGUGGCUGCCGUGCUGGCGUUGGACGCCGCGGACGAAAACAUCGAGGCCGUCUGCACACCGGGCACUGAACUUCACACGAUGUACAACAACACCAUCCGCUGCAUAAACAAAGUGGGCGUCAAAAUGAACUCCUGCAUGCGCGACUUGGUCAUCGGCUUGAACACGGUUGUCGCACAAGCACCACUUGAGAGCCAGGUGGCCUACGGUUGCUGUUACUACUACGAUCUGCUUGGAUGCUACGACGAGGCGCUGACCGUGUGCAAAGGCACGGACGCGAACAGGCUUGCCGCCACCCUUGCCGAGAACGUGUUCGGCCAGACACUGGGUCUCGUAUGCGGAGUGUACACGAGAGGAUCUCCGGAGUGCCAGACGCUCGAGCCGCUCAAGAAGUUGAACGUGUCGGAGCUGGACACGGAGAACUUUGUCCUGCCCCUGGUCACCAUCGCCGGCACGCUCAGACACUCGAAGGUCGUGCGCAGGCAGCUGUGACACCGACGCUUCAACGUCCACCACUGCCAUCAAGCGAGAAUGUCUAAGGACUGAAUGAAAGAUAAACUAGUAACUGCGUUAAGGACGCCAGGUGUCAUUGUCAUAAAUAAACGU